CAGAAAGAAUCCUCAAUUAUCAGCCAUUUGGAAAACAGUGGGGAGUUUAAAGAGAGCCAUCUGCUUCAAAGAAAGCACAAAGAUAGCAUGCCAGAAGUGCAGAAGCAGCAGUUAGCUCCUGCUCUAUCCCACCAAGUAUCAGUACCAUCUUCACCUCUACACUCCUUAACCUACAAAACUCUCUUAAAAGCAGGGUCUCAUCUCAGGCCCCUGCAGCAAGUACAUGCCCACAUUAUCAUUUCUGGUCUUCACCACAACCGAGCCCUUCUCACCAAGUUGAUAACUUUGGCCUGUUCUGCUGGCUCUAUUGCCUACACUCGUCAGCUUUUCUUCUUUGUCCCUAAUCCCGACUCGUUCCUCUUUAACUCCCUCAUCAGAGUCUCUUCCAGAUCUGGUUUUCCUCUUGAUUCGAUUGUAUUCUACCAACGUAUGCACCGUGCUGAAUUAUUACGAUCAAAUUACACCUUCACAGCCAUUAUUAAGUCCUGUGCUGAUAUAGCGGCACUGAGACUUGGUAAAGUAAUACAUUCUCAUGUUUUGGCUUUUGGGUUUGGUUCAGACCCCUACGUCCAAGCUGCCCUUGUAACCUUUUAUGCCAAAUCUGGUGAUUUAGUUGCUGCCAGAAAAGUGUUUGAUAAAAUGCCUGAAAGAACCAUCAUUGCCUGGAAUUCGAUGAUUUCUGGUUAUGAGCAAAAUGGUUUUGCUAAAGAAGCAGUUGAAUUGUUCUACCAGAUGCUGGAAAUGAGGGUGGAACCAGACUCAGCUACUCUGGUGAGCCUGUUGUCUGCUUGUUCUCAAUUGGGAGCUCUUGAUUUGGGUCAAUGGGUGAAUAAUUACAUUGUUGACAAUGGUUUAAGUGUUAGUGUAAUUCUAGGUACUUCUUUGAUUAACAUGUAUGCCAGAUGUGGUAAUGUGACCAAAGCUCGACAAGUUUUUGAUGGGAUGCUUGAACGAAAUGUUGUGGCUUGGACAGCUAUGAUUUCUGGAUAUGGUAUGCAUGGUUAUGGUAGCCAGGCCGUCGAGCUUUUCUAUCAUAUGAGAAACCAUGGGCCACCACCAAACGAUGUCACGUUUGUCUCAGUCUUGUCUGCAUGUGCGCACUCAGGGUUAGUAAUUGAGGGGCGCCAAGCAUUCUUGUGCAUGAGCCGGGAUUAUGGGUUUGCGCCGAGGAUGGAACAUCAUGUUUGCAUGGUUGAUUUGCUGGGACGUGCUGGUUUUCUGAAUGAAGCAGUUCAGUACAUUGAGGAGAUGAUACCCGGGGAGCCAGCACCUGCGGUGUGGACAGCAAUGCUUGGGGCAUGCAAGAUGCACAAAAAUUUCAAUCUUGGAGUGAAAGUGGCCGAGCGUCUACUGACACUAGAACCUGAUAAUCCUGGGCAUUAUGUGUUGCUUUCAAACAUUUAUGCAUCAGCAGGGAAGAUGGAUCGAGUGGAAAGAGUAAGAAACAUGAUGAUACAUAAAGGCCUUAAAAAGCAAGUUGGCUAUAGCUUAAUAGAGAUCAAUUUUGUGACACACAUGUUUUGCAUGGGUGAUAAGUCCCAUCCACAGACAACUGAAAUCUAUCAAUAUCUUGAUGAGUUAAUAUGGAAAUCCAGAGAAGCAGGUUAUGUACCAGAAUCUGAUUCAGUGAUGCAUGAACUGGAAGAAGAAGAGAGAGAAUUUGCUGUUAGAUCCCAUAGUGAGAAGCUUGCACUAGCGUUUGGUCUCAUGAACACCCACCAUGGGACACUAAUCAGGAUUGUGAAAAACCUUCGCAUGUGUGCUGAUUGCCAUUCCGCAAUCAAGUUCAUGUCAAUCGUUGCUAAUAGGGAAAUAAUUGUUCGAGAUAAGCAUCGAUUCCACCAUUUCAAACAUGGGUCAUGUUCUUGCCAGGAUUACUGGUAACCGCCUUCAUUUGUUUGUUAAGUUUCAGAGUGUUGAUGGGAUGAAGUUGCAUGGAGAACCAUUUGCUGUUCAAAGAAGUUCUUUUAGCCUCCUCCCAGGAUUGGAAUCAAGGUUAUGUUGUAACACUAAUCAGGAUUCAGGAGUGCUUUUGCACCCCUUUAAAUCUUCAUCAUGUGGCAAAGACUCUUCUUCACUGGCCCAUGGUUCCUGUUAAUAGAAGGCAAUGGGGUUUCCUUUUUAUUGAAAGCAAAGCUUCCUCAAAAAGGGCAACAUUCUUUUGGUUGGAUUCUGAAAUGUCUUCUUGUUCAGGCAUACCUAAUGUAAAGAGGUGGCAGUGGAUGUCCAAUAUGUGAUCAUUCUGACUUCUGAGGAGACUCGCAUACAUCUUUAUGGAUUGUCAUUGUGCGAGUUUGGUUCAGCUCUGUUUUAUCAGUUUGAAGUUUUCAACAUAUAGUGUCUGUUAGCA